AUGAUGGAAGAGUUUAACCAGUCCUCUGUGACUGAAUUCAUCCUUCUAGGCUUCUCCUUCAACCCCAGGACCACUCCUCUGCUCUUCACAGUCUUCCUGAUGACCUACCUGUUGAUUAUUCUGGGCAACAGCUUAAUCACCAUCCUCAUCUGCCUGGACUCACACCUCCACACACCCAUGUACUUCUUUAUUGGUAUCCUUUCCAUAUUGGAUCUGGGCUACACCACUACAACUGUGCCCCAGAUGCUGGCACAUUUAGCCAGCCAGAAGAAGACCAUCUCUUUUGCCAGCUGUGUGGCCCAAAUGUACAUUUUCUUGGUGCUAGGCAUCACUGAGUCAUGGCUCUUUGCCAUGAUGUCUAUAGACAGGUAUGUAGCCAUCUGCCACCCCCUCAGAUACAAGGUCAUCAUGAGCCCGUGGCUAUGUGGGGUAAUGGUCAUUUUCUGUGGACUCAUGGGCAUAAUCUCUGCUCUUAUCUACACUGUCUUUGCCAUGUGUCUGCCAUACUGUGGUCCCAACAAGAUCAACCACUUCUUUUGUGAAGUCCCUGCAGUCUUAAAGCUAGCUUGUGCGGACACAUCAGUCAAUGACUGGGUAGACUUCAUUCUCGGCUUUAGUGUCAUCCUGGUCCCACUCUCCCUCAUCCUUGUCAUUUAUGUCAACAUCUUCGUUGCCAUCUUGAGGAUCCGUUCAGCCCAGGGGCGACUGAAGGCCUUCUCCACUUGUGCCUCUCAUAUCAUUGUGGUCACCACGUUCUGUGUACCAGCCAUGGUCAUGUAUAUGAAGCCUGGCUCUGAGGCCUCCCUGGAAGAGGACAAGAGAUUGGCACUGUUCUACAAUGUUGUCUCUGCUUUCCUCAACCCCAUCAUCUACAGCCUCCGGAAUAAGGAUGUGAAGAGGGCUUUCCUCAAGGUGGCAGGUUGGAGCAGGGCCCCAGAAUAA